AUGGGAGAUGAAGGACCACGAGUAAUGCUUACAGAUCAAGAUCCAGCAAUGCCAGUUGCACUAGGCAGGCGUAGCGAGAGCACGAACAAACUCGUCAAAAGUGCUCAUGUCGAUGCAAACACGCCACUACAUCAAUUCGCCAAGCAAAUGUUGAAGCUUCUACACAGUAGGAAGAUGAAAGAGGCAAAAGAGGCACUAGGAUGCAUGGGCCAAAAGGAAACAAAUACAUUGUAUAUGUUUGAGAUACGUGUAGCGAGGACAUACACAAGGGCUGUAAUGAAUAAGUUUCACGAGUCUUUGAAAUAUGCUACUGCAUACAAGAUAUCACAUGAUCCAGAUGGUGGUGUGAAUGAAUGGGUGGUUCAGCAUACUUCAAGGUCAAAUAAGAUUGUGUGGGGGCAACACCAAUUCAAAGUAAUGGCUGAUGUAGAUGCUGGAAAGUAUGAAUGUGAAUGCAAGCAUUGGGAGCAUACAGGUCUGCUUUGUGUGCAUCUUUUACGAACAUUUAUGCAUCUUCAAAUUGAUCGAAUACCUUCGGAAUACAUCCUUCAGAGAUACACCUACUCUGCUAUACAAGAUGUGACUUUUUCAAGGGAUGAUAAGAAUUUGAAGGGUAAAGACGGUGAGACUAAAUCAUAUAGGCAGAAGAUGUUGCUUAAAAAGUCAAUGAAAGUAGUACAUCAUGCAAGUCUUUCAAAGGCUGGAUAUGAUAGAGCCCUGGAGAUGAUGGAUGAACUGCUUUUGCUACUUUCACGGUUGGAGCCAGAUAUUGAAGGUGAUGAUAGUACUAGUGAUGGCGAAGGAAUACAGUAUGAGAAACUUGCCUGA